GGAUCUGAUGCUUCCUCUUUUUUCGUCGUUUCUUAGCAAAAACAGUAAUACUCUCUCCCUCUGUUUUUAAGCUAACUCGCCUCCCUCAUCCAUCCACUGCAACUCCUGCUCCCUCUCUCUCUUUCUCUUCCAUUUAUCUACAUGCCAAUCCAUGGCGGUCCUUAGCUCUCGCUCCCUCCUUUCUCCUUCUUCUUCUCUUUUCUAUCUCGUAAAGCUCAAUCCCUCCUCUUCUCUCCCUUCUUCAAUUUCCUUUCCUCUCUUCAACUCCCAACCCAAGCUCCACACCUCAAAUCUCAUUUUCAAAACCGAAGCCGUGUCUUCAUCAUCUAUCGUCGGCGUCGGCGUCGGCGAGGACUUGCCCGCCGAUUACGACGAAUGGUUUCCCAAACCUGAUCCUAUCCAUAGGAGGAGAGCCGGCAUUUUGCUCCAUCCGACGUCGUUCCAAGGGCCAUACGGCAUUGGAGAUCUCGGAGACGAGGCUUUUCGUUUCAUUGAUUGGCUUCAUGACGCUGGUUGCUCUGUUUGGCAGGUUCUUCCUCUUGUGCCUCCAGGAAGAAAGGCUAAUGAAGAAGGAUCACCAUACUCAGGGCAGGAUGCAAAUUGUGGUAAUACGCUCUUAAUUUCUCUGGAAGAGCUUGUAAAGGAUGGAUUGUUGACAAAGGAUGAGCUUCCAGAUCCAGUAAUCUCUGAUCGUGUGAACUUUUCUGCUGUUAGUAAGCUAAAGGAUCCCUUGGUAGCUAAGGCUGCAGAGAGGCUUAUUCAGAGUGGUGGUCAGCUUAAAAGUCAGCUUGAAGAUUUCCGCAAAGACCCUAGAAUAUCAGGUUGGCUUGAAGAUGCAGCUUAUUUUGCUGCUAUUGAUGAUACUUUAAAUACAUUGAAUUGGUACGAUUGGCCUGAACCUUUAAAAAACCGCCAUCUUGCAGCCUUGGAGGAAAUUUAUCAAAGCAAAAAGGAUUUUUUACCCACUUGUGCUGUGCAGAUAGAGAUUUUCAUCGCCCAACAGUUCUUGUUCCAGAGGCAAUGGCAGAAAGUGCGCAACUAUGCAUGGGAGAAGGGAAUUAGUAUAAUGGGGGACAUGCCCAUUUAUGUAGGUUAUCACAGUGCUGAUGUUUGGGCAAAUAAGAAACAUUUUUUGUUGAACAGGAAUGGCUUUCCUCUUCUAGUCAGUGGUGUUCCUCCUGAUGCCUUCAGUGAUACAGGUCAAUUGUGGGGCAGCCCUCUCUAUAAUUGGAAAGCCAUGGAGAAAGAUGGAUAUUCAUGGUGGAUACGCCGCAUACAACGAGCUCAAGAUCUGUAUGAUGAAUUUAGGAUUGACCAUUUUAGAGGUUUUGCUGGAUUUUGGGCUGUUCCUUCUGAUGCAAAAAUUGCAAUGGUUGGAAACUGGAAGGCUGGACCUGGGAAAUCCGUCUUUGAUGCCAUCUCCAGAGCUGUAGGAAAGAUCAGCAUCAUAGCAGAAGAUUUGGGAGUUAUUACUGAGGAUGUAGUGCAGCUUAGGAAAUCUAUUGGUGCUCCGGGAAUGGCUGUCCUUCAGUUUGGUUUUGGAAGUGAUGCAGAUAACCCUCAUUUACCUCAUAACCAUGAAGCCAAUCAAGUUGUAUACACUGGAACUCAUGAUAAUGAAACGAUCCGAGGUUGGUGGGAUGUUGUAGAGCAAGAGGAGAAGUCAAAUGUACUGAAGUAUCUUUCAAUUACUGAAGAAGAUGACAUAUCAUGGGCACUCAUCCAAGCUGUAUUUGCAUCAGUGGCCCAAACUGCUGUAAUACCCCUGCAAGAUAUUCUUGGACUUGGGAGUUCUGCCAGGAUGAACAUUCCUGCUACUCAGUCUGGAAACUGGAGUUGGAGGAUACCUAGUUCCAUAAGUUUCAAUCAAAUGGAGAAAGAAGCAGCAAGACUAAGGGAUUUGCUUUCAAUGUAUGGGCGGGUGUAGAUGAAGACAGCAAAUGCAUUCUUAGAGGCUACACUUGGAUUUUGCUUCCGCAAGUUUCAAUGAACCUUAUAGUUUAGCGCUUAGGCCACCUCAGAGGCUACUCUCUCUCUCUUUUUUCUUUUUUUUUUUUUUUUCUGAAAUAAGGCUACACUUAAUUAUUGAUAAGUCAUCUUCUUGUAGAAUUAUUUUGAACAUGCACGAAUAAAUCCUUGCACGGUUGCUUGUCGAAUCAAUAAACCAGCUGACUUGAUUUCAGAGUUUUUACUAGUCUAAUAAACAUUUUCAUUUUCAUUUAGCA